AUGGCGACGCAUGCUUGUGUGGUGAGGCGCAAGGCGGAUGCUGCUUGCUUUGCCAAACUCAGUGCGUCUCAAUCCUGUUUGACGGCAAAAUCAGUUAACCGAUCGGUCAGCGUCUUCGCGCUGCUAUUCGGCGUCGUUUUAGCAGUUGGGGUGUCGGGUGCGCCGUUCAAGUCGGAAAAUGAGAAGUUUACCUGUCUCCCGAAACAGGGUAAUGCGGAUCAGUGGGUGGCACUUGUGUAUGAUUCUCAGCAUUCAAUCACUUUCGCUUGUGACGGAGGGACGCCCCUGCCUUCCAAGCUUUUAAGUGAAGAUGACGGCCUUAUAGUCUGUAACGAGUCAGACGGGGAAGAUGAAUGUGAAAAAAAUGCGGCACCAUUGUCAACUUUCCUUCCGGGGGCCAAAAAAGAGUGGGUGACUGGAACUCUUCAACAGGGAAUAAAGAUUACAAUUCCCGACGAGCACUACCCAGCUACGUCGAAAGCUUUCCGUGUUGGUUGUAAGGCGGGUAAAAAUGUUUGUUUGCUCAAUGUGUAUGUUCAGAGUAGGGAAUCAGAGGUGAUCGGACAGGUGGCGCAUUGUGCUUAUAGUUCCAACGUACGUCUGCGUCCAAUCACUGUGAAUCCAGAAAACAACGGAGUGACAUUAAUUUGCGGACCAGACGGGAAGGCGUUCCCGGAUGAUUACAUGAACCACCAUUGUACGGAACUAGACGAAUGUAAAGAACGCCCUUAUUCCGCCGUGUUUCCUGGGUUCUCCAGUAGUUUUUGGACUGGAGAAGCUUCCGGCGUAGCCGGGGCGACACUGACCAUUCCCAAGGACCAGUUUCCUUCGACAGCACAGACCAUCUAUUUGGGCUGCACUGGUCACCCGGAUGAUAAACAGGUCACCUGUGUGGUUCCAGUAAAUAUAGAAGAAGUUGCAAAACCAGCAGGGGCCGGAUCGAACCCAGGUGGUGGUUCGCAACCGGACCAAUCCUCGGAGAAACGCGACGGGGAACAGGUAAACAAAGGCAAACCUCCCACUGGCGGAUCCGGCGGAGCAACAACUGGAAAACAAAAUGCAUCCCAAAACGCGAAGGACAAGGGGGAAACAGGAGGAGAGAACGGCGAUUCCCCCGUGUUAAGAGGAGAUGCAUGUGACGAGUUGCCUUCGUACGUGGCACUAUCCGCUGCGUCACUGACUGCAACGGCAAUCUUUGCGUACUGA